UUUUACAUUGCCUUAAAACUGAUUGCUGCAGCACAGUCUGGCCUUCCUGUACGGAUAGAGAGUCUUAAAUGUGAACUGCCGCUGCCUCGCUUUAUGAUGUCAAAGACUGAUGCUGAUACACGAUUCGGGAACCCGGCGGAACUGCAUGGCGCUAAGGUUCAGAUUCCAUAUUUAAUCACAGAAAAAAAUACCUUCAAAAGAAUGGACGAUGAGGAUAAACAGCAGGAAACACAGUCUCCCACGAUGUCACCCCUCGCCUCCCCUCCUUCUUCCCCGCCUCAUUACCAGAGGGUGCCCUUGAGCCAUGGCUACAGCAAACUGCGGAGCAGCACAGAGCAGAUGCAUCCAGCUCCUUAUGAAGCUAGACAGCCCCUUGUCCAGCCUGAAGGACCCUCGUCGGGGGCUGCAGGAGCCAAGCCCCCUCGGCAUCAGGCUUCCCUUAUUCGGUCCUUUUCCGUGGAGAGAGAACCACAUGAUAACAACAGUAAUUACCCAGAUGAACCCUGGCGGAUAACAGAAGAACAGCGAGAGUACUAUGUCAAUCAGUUCCGAUCCCUUCAGCCUGACCCGAGUUCCUUCAUUUCAGGUUCGGUGGCCAAGAACUUCUUCACCAAAUCAAAGCUUUCCAUUCCAGAACUCUCCUACAUAUGGGAACUUAGUGAUGCUGACUGCGAUGGAGCCCUGACCCUGCCUGAGUUCUGUGCUGCGUUUCAUCUCAUUGUGGCUCGGAAAAACGGUUACCCACUACCUGAGGGCCUGCCUCCGACUCUGCAGCCAGAGUACCUGCAAGCAGCCUUUCCUAAGCCCAAGCGGGAGUGCACGCUGUUUGAUUCUUAUUCUGAGUCAAUGCCUGCGAACCAACAACCCCGUGACUUGAAUCGGAUGGAGAAGCUAUCUAUUAAAGACAUGGCUGACUUUCCUGUCCCAGCCCAAGAUGUGACUAGUGAUGACAAACAAGAACAAAACAAAACACGUCUAGAACAAAACAAAAUACGUCUAGCUUUGAAAAGUACUGCGGAUGAAGCCUUACCAAAGGAUAUGUCUGAGGAUCCAGCCACUUCUAAGGAUUCCAACAGUCUCAAAGCAAGACCAAGAUCCAGAUCUUACUCUAGCACCUCCAUAGAAGAGGCCAUGAAAAGGGGCGAGGACCCUCCUACCCCGCCACCGCGGCCACAGAAAACCCAUUCCAGAGCCUCCUCCUUGGAUCUGAAUAAAGUCUUCCAGCCCAGUGUGCCAGCUACUAAGUCAGGAUUGUUACCUCCACCACCUGCGCUCCCUCCAAGACCUUGCCCAUCACAGAUUUCCCAUCACAAUGUAAACAGUGAGUGCAGUGCUCAGCCCAGGCCUCCAACUCAGCUGCCUAACUAUGGAGAUUUCAGACUACAGAAACAGUCUGAACAAGCAUCUGAGGCUGAAAUACACCCCCAGCUGAACAGAGCCCCCUCUCAAGCUGCAGACAGUAGUCCAACAAAGAAGGACAUACCAUAUUCUCAGCCUCCAUCAAAGCCCAUUCGAAGGAAAUUCCGACCUGAAAACCCAGCUCCAGAAAACCAAGAGCCUUCUAGCACUGUUGGCGGGCCAGCGUCGGCAGCGACCGGGAAACCCCACACGGCAGUUCAAAAACAGUCUUCCAAACAGAAGAAGGCUAUUCAAACUGCUAUCCGCAAAAAUAAAGAGGCAAAUGCAGUGCUGGCCCGGCUGAACAGUGAACUUCAACAGCAGCUCAAGGAGGUUCAUCAAGAACGGAUUGCAUUGGAAAACCAAUUGGAACAACUUCGUCCAGUCACUGUGUUGUAACCCCCAAGACUCAAGUAACAGUGGGUGACUUUUUCUGCCAAGAUCUUUCCUUUGAAUGUUUCAACCCAACUACUUGUCAUAGAUGUCCAGGACUGUGAAAAGCUGCGAGCAGCGGAAUAUAAUCCAUAUUUCCUUUUCUCUUGUAUUUCACUUGUACGUUUUACUUUGGUGGAAAAAAUACAGCUGAUUCUUACACUUGAAAUUGUAAUUUCAGUGGAAUUUAUCUCCCAUUCUUAAGUACUUCCUCAAGUUGUUAGAUGUUGCUCCUUACCAAAAACCAAUCUUCUAGCAAUUAAAAACAAUUUAGAGCAUUAUUUAUUUAAAGAAUUUAUGAUUUGUAUAAAACCUCAUAACCUAGUACCUUCAGGAUGCUUGUUUUAUUUUUGUAUAUAUCAAAUAUAGUAGGUUGGUUUCCUGAAUAAUCGGGAUUCCAACUGGAUAGUCUUUGGCAUGAUGAUAAUAAAAGCAAAAACUAAAACAAGAGCAUCAGAUUUAGACAGGCGCCGUGCCCUCCGCCACCAUAUGCCAAAAAUUGCUUCUCUAGUGCCAUUGCCAUUUUGACAUUGUACCUAGCUAUAAAUAAUACAUAACUAUUGUUUUCUGUUGAAUGGCAGAGAUUUAUUGGGUCUUUGCACCUCUGUAAAGUGGAAGUUUUGUCAAUGAUCUAUUUAACUUGGCCCAGUUAGGCCAUCAACUCACAGAAUUCAGUCCUUUCAUGUAAAUUUUUGGGUAAGAGCAAUCCACUUUAACCGCCUCACUCAAUCAAAUUAAAUAAAUAGUUGCCAGAUCGCUACUUUUAUCCUGCAUGGGAUAACAUGUUUCUAAAUGCAUGAAUUUGGAAACCACACAUCAGAUGUGAAAGGCUGAAGAGACUGUUUGGACUGUUAAAUAUUUGUUGCUUGAACCCAGGUAUCCACCCUGGAGAAGAAGGGGAAAUGGUUGUUACCAGCAAUCCAACAACUCUGGUAGUUAUUUUUGUCUUUGUUAUUUUAACCUGGAUUGUGAUUGUAUUGAGUAUGAAGGACUAUUGAAAGAAAACCGAUCUUCACUCUGUAUAUAAAAGUGUUUAUUCUCUGUGAAGUGUACCCUUGGGAAGUGAUUGGUUUAUGUACCGUCCAGCAGAGCCCAGCUGACUCCAGUGUAUGUGAUGUAAAACCAUGAGCUCAAAUUGCCGAAGCCAGUAUCCUAUGGAAGUUUUGAUCACCCACUCCUCCUGAAAGCUCAAGUUGAAAGUGGGAAGUGACUGACCCCCAGAGGGAUCAGGGCACGCCCACUUUCACAUCACUUUGAGAGACUGAUUACAGGAAAUGCUCUCU